AUGUUCUCCUUCGACGAAGACCCCGCCUCCGCCGCCAGCCGCGACUGCUGCGACUGCGCUCCCUCCUCCCCAAUAACAACCGAAAACCCUCUCCUGCGCGCCUCGAACCCCCUCGUCUCGGAUCUCGAGCAGGAAGUCCUGGACGAGUAUACCCGGCUCCUGGGGAAUGUGAACAAGUUAUCAGAUAAACUGGCCGGGCUAGCGGGGGAUCCGACCUCGUUGACGCUUGAUGGGUUGAGGCUGCUGGAGCGCAAGACUGCGACGGUGUGUACACUGCUCAAGGCGAGUGUGUAUAGUAUUGUGUUGCAGCAGCAGAUGAUCAAUGAGAGCGAGGAACAGCAGCAUCAGGAGCAACAACAGCAACAGCAGUACGAGGAGGGGCAAGAUGAGCAGUUCCAGGGGCAGGGGAUGGGGUAUGAGGGGGAUGUUAGUUUUACGGGGAGGUAUGCGUGA